UGUUCAUGGGUAAAGUCUGAUCGGGCAUGUUUCGAAACACCAGAACUCUAUGACUUGAAAGAAAAGUUUUUUUUCUUUCUCUUUUCUUCCACUAUUUGCACGAUUUGGUCCCCAAAACAUACUCUUCCGCCAUGUUGAGAGAGAGGGGGAUAAAUGUCAAUGAACAAUGAACAGGAUCAAAGAGACGUUGGCUAGGAUAGCUCGCGCCGCCCGUGGAUCGUCGAAAGAGUCAUCGUCGACGUCUAGUCUGCGCCUGGAUCGUGUGGGGCGGUCGAGCAGUUCGACUUUGGACUCGCGCGAAAAAGUUCUAGUACGAGCGGAUGGGCGAGGGCCUCUUGUCCUCUACGAUGGAACCCACAAUGGCGAAGAAGGGCUGGAUAUCGUCUUCGUCCAUGGAUUAUUUGGCUCACGAACGGGGACAUGGACGAAAGGAGGUGUUUGUUACCCGCGCGAUCUCCUCGGGCAGGAUAUGUCGGACUCGAGAGUCAUUGCUUGGGGAUGGGGUGGUGCACUAAGUAGCAAUGGCACCUUUUCUGACCAAGCUGAGAGCCUUCUGGCGGAUAUUUCGCGCCUUCGAAGCGGUAUAACCCGACCUAUUAUCUUCAUAGGUCACGGUUUGGGCGGAAUUGUCAUCAAAGAAGCUCUAGUCACAGCGGCAAUGUCACGAAUCUACGGCGCGCACGUCGAGCUAGGAAAUGUGUAUCCGCGGACUAUUGGGUGUGUUUUUCUCGGUACGCCUCAUGUAAGGGGUGGAAAGCGUUCCUUAGGCGAAUGUAUAGCCGCAACCGCACUCUUAUCGCCAACUAUGCCGACUACCCAACUCCAGCGUGCAUUCAGAGAAAGCGACAAAGCCUUUGAGAAUCUGCACAGCACAUUUCUGAUGAUCUCGAGAGAUAUAAGGGUGGUGUGUAUCAGAGAGAAGUUACCGUCAACGAUAACAGCUUCAGCUGAGCUCGCAAAGGAUGCCGAUGGAAUGGAACUUGGGAAAGGAACAAUACAAAUGAUUGUCCCAAGGGAUUCGGCGGGAUACGAGAGUUUCAACGUGACGAGGCACGAUCUGAUUGUGAACCAUUUAGAUCUUGCAAGAUUCAAGAGUCGAGACGAACCAGGCUAUGGGCAGAUGAUGUCGUGGAUUUCUAAAGUAUCAUCCGGCCCAACGCCCGCAGAAGUUGAAGCGAGAGAACCCCGAAACCAAGAAAUCCUUAAUUCGCUUUAUUACGACACGAUGAACGAGCGUGAAUCCCGAAUAGAUCCUGCUUACGGCCAGACGUGCGAAUGGAUUCUUCAACCCAACUUAUCUCCAUUUACUAAUUUCCUCAAGUCUAAGGAUCCCGUUUUGUGGAUUAGUGGAAAUGCAGGGUCCGGCAAGUCGACGCUGUUAAAAUACGUAUGGCAAUCUGAAAAGGUGAAGCAACGACUCCUUGAUGGCUGGGCCAGUGAUGGAGACUUGUACAUGGCUUGCUUCUUUAUGUUCGAAGGAGGUAACCGAAUUCAAAAGUCGUACGAAGGUUUCUUGCGCAGCAUUCUAUACCAGAUUUUAUCCACGAGGCGCGACCUUAUUAGAAUCGCAUUCCCCAGUUUCUACGACUGCUCUUGGCCGCCGCCUGUAUUAUUUACAAGCAUCAGCAAUCUUAACCAGGGCUUCUACUCUCUCUUCGCUCACAUGUCGGAAACCCUGCGCCUUUUCAUUUUCAUUGAUGGCCUCGACGAAUACCGCAUCAUGGAGCGGAAGGAUCACUAUGAACCAGAGGACCUCGAUAUUACUUACGACAAGGAUACCGGCGACGAGUCAUGGGGGCAAAGUAAAUGGGCUAAAGAUUCGCAUGUGGAAAUAGCGAAAUUGGUUGGCAGUAUGGCUAAUAAAGACGUUAUCAAAUUCGUCGUAACAUCCCGCGAGCUCCCCGCGUUCGAAGAAGCUUUUGUCGACUUCCCAAGAAUCAAACUCCAAGAACACACCGAGCGCUCGAUCGCACAGUACGUGGCCGGUCGACUAGAAGACGAAGCGCCCGGUUUACCCGAUACUAAGAAUCUCUGCAAGGAGUUAGCACAAAAAAGCCAGGGCGACAUCCUCUGGGCUAGGUUGGCGAUAGACAUGGUGGUCGGUUGCAGUUUGCGUACUUUAAGAGGCAUGUUAAAUUCUUUACCAGCACACCUUGGAGGGCCUGACGGCUUGUAUAUGCGUAUGCUCGAAAACCUGAGUCCCGAAUACCAGCACUACGCGUCUAGGAUCUUUCAUCUUGUUCUUAAGGCACAACAGCCUCCCACUUUAGUCACACUUGCUUUCUCCGAGGAAGGUUACCUACACCCAACAGCUAGGGAUCUAAGGAUUAUUUUCGAUGACCGGCACCCAUACGACAAAGCAUCGAUUCAACACUUAUCCGAUCACAUGCAACGACGUUUACACACCUGCUGCGCCGGCCUUCUAGUUGCUGAGACAGGUCCAUCUUCCAACUCUAACACUUCUGAGACGAGCCAACGGGUGGUUUUUGUUCAUCAAACCGCUAAGGAAUGGGUCCGCCGAAAAGAUAUCUGGCAGCGACUCCCAGGAUGCAUACCUCACGACAGCAUGGAGCUUGAUUUUUCGCUGCUUAGUGGAUGUGCUAGACAUAUGAAGGCAUUCGAAGCUAUUCGACCUCCGAUAUUGGCGUGGCCUAGCUGGCGAUUCCGACCCGACGCCUGGUUACUCAUUGCGAACGCAUUGCGAUACGCCGAGAGGAUCGAUAGCGACGUUCCCGACCUACGAAAAUACUGCGAGCUACUAGACGAACUAGAUAUUACAUGCCAGCGAGCUUGGGUGUCAGCUUUGCAAAGCCAUAAACCACUCCACGAGGACCCCGAUUGGUACGAAACGAGGCUUCCCAACUAUUGUCGAAAACAUUGGGCAAGCUACGAACCAAUGGAUGCUGGCAAGCCGCCAAAGCGAAAGGAUUUCCUAACACUUACCCUCCAGGCCAACUUAGUCCGAUAUACUGCUGCGAAAUUGAAAGCCUUGGACAAGGAGGCAAGGAAGAAGAAAGCCCAAGAACUGUUACCUUUUGUUGUCAGCCCUAAGGCCGAUGGUUUUAGUGCUUGCGCGGGUACUGGUGGCGAUUAUUGGGACUUCCACCGCGAUAUGCCGGACUCGCGGUUCCUAGACAUCCUGUUCGAUGCGGGUGCAUCGCCCAAAGACGAUGAUAAGAUGUGGGUGAAAGCACUAAAGGCAGGACGACAUUACUUCUCAAGAGGAAGUGUAACUAUGACACAUUUGUUAGAGACGUCGUCGAGCGCAAGAUUGAUGCUAAACCGAGAGAGAUGGGUUGCGGCCAUUAAAACGCUACUUCAACAUGGCGCGGAUCCGCAUGUCGAAAUUCAAGUCUCGUCCGGAUCAUCCGAGAACCAGUCUACAGCAACAACAGCAGCGGUGGACUUGAUACGAGAGACAUUAGAAGGUGAACCCGAAUAUGCUGUUGAUUUAAUUGAGAUGGAAAUGUUGAUGGGUAGGAGAGGGAGUGUCGGUAUAGCGAGAUGAGGAUGACGCUACGUCAUGUGGAACGUGUCACGAAGUUGCUUAUAGUGCGGGGAAUCAAAAGGAGUAGAGCGCAAAGCGUUGUUUAUAAGAUGCGGUUGCUUAGGGAUGAUUACAAUCAAUCAUAUUCUACAGCUUGCGAGGAAUUUUUAUGGACAUAUUAAGACUA